AUGAGUACUUUGCCUUUAACAUAUUCAGAUGCUUUUCUAGCUAUUUUAUUUGUAAUAGAAACUCGAAUAAAUUCUUUAGGUCCAGUGGGUGCUUUAUUUGGUAGCGAUACUACAAAGUAUUAUUCUUAAAUAAUUUAGCUAUUUAUUGAAUUGUUUGAAUCCUGAAUUUACUUUUGCAAGAAUGAAUCUUUAAUAAGAAGAAAAUGAAUAACAAGAUAAUUUGUUUGCAAACUUUGUUUACAUUUAUGAAAAACUGAUAAACUUCAUUUAUUGA